UUCACUCAUUUCUCACUCUCUUGCUUCAGUGAAUACUCUCUCUCUCUCUCCCAUGGCGACCUCUCUGCGAUUUGCAGUGAUUCUCAUUGCGAUCUUGAUCCUCACAUUCCUCACUUUUCCGAGCGCCACCGCCAUUGAUGGCCUAGAGCAAAUCGUAACUCCUUCAAUACCUUCAACUUCACCACCACCACCACCACCACAACCACAACCACAACCACAACCACUAUCACCACCAACAACAAGUGGUAACCAAGAACUCCAAGACCACUCGUUUUUCUCACACACAACUCUCCUCCCUCCGAUUCUAUCUCACCUUGGCUUCCACGAGCUCGCUAUCGCCGCGCCAUCUCUCGCCGACUCAACCGCCUCCACGGCCUGGACUGGUCCUUCGACUCUCUUCGCUCCCUCCGAUUCCUCUCUCCGCUCUUGCGGUUCUUGCUCCAUCCCUAACCUCCUUCGCGAACACCUCGUUCCUGGUCUCUUCACCAUCGACUAUCUCCGAAAGCUCGCUUUCGGUACCAAGAUCGAGACCUUGAGUCCCGGCCGUUGCAUCACCGUCACUGCCGAGAGAUCUAGCAAGAUCUCGAACUUCUCCGCCUCCGGCGGAGCGGACAAGGUUUUCAUCGGAGGCGUGGAGAUCACUCAUCCUGAUCUCUUCAACAACGGCCUCGUCGUUGUUCAUGGACUCCAAGGCUUCGUCUCUCCGCUCUCGCCGUACUCUUGUGACGUCGAGAGGAUGACGUCAUUGUCGUUCCCGUUUCAUUCUGAUCGUACGCACCAGAAUCAGCCAUUGGUUCAACCUGUGAUCAGUAUCAUGCGCUUGAUGCUGCGUGACGCUAUGCUUAGGCUCCGUAACAACGGGUUUAGCAUCUUGGCGCUUGCUAUGAGGGUCAAGUACAAUGACCUCGUCGGACUCAACAACAUGACGGUGUUCGCCAUUGAUGACGUGUCGAUCUUCUCUGGCUCGCAUGCGUACACCAGUAACGUACGUUUCCACAUCGUGCCGAACCAUUUCUUGACGAUCUCGGACCUUGAGAAGCUUCCUCUUGGAACGCCGUUGCCGACGCUCGAGCGAGGUCAGUCUCUGUUGAUCACCACCGCCGGUGGAGGAGGAUUUUCGGCGGCGCCGUUGAGGAUCAACUAUGUGAGGAUUAAGGUUCCCGACGUGAUGCGCAACCUCAAGAUCGUGGUGCACAGCUUGUACUUGCCGUUCCCGCACCUUCAUCCAAUGGCUGCUGCGUAUGAUGAGAUCCUCGGAAGAGGACAUUACGGUGCGGAUCAAGUGGUCUCAGAUCGGACGGUGAAUGGAGUUUGUGACGCCAUGGAUGGGCAUGGAGGUUGCGCUGAAGUCCCUCUACCUCAAGUCAAGAGUACGGUCGAGAUCGAAGAUCACCAUGGCCUGCGAUAAACAGACUGUUUUCCUCAAGAUGAGCUUCUUUUUCAUGGAUGACGUGUCUCUGUGAACUGAGAUUUUUUUUUUUUUUUUCGAAUGUUCUGUAUGUACGUACUGGUUUUAGACGAUUCUCAAUUCUGCUUGAUAUGUGUUUUCAUUGAAUUGGUACGGUUGUGUACUGAUAAUAAGGCCUGGGAGCCUAGCUACUCUGCUAGUGUAUGAUUUGAUAUGAUGAUCAUGUUCCUGUCACUUUUGUCA